UGCAUGAAAGGGUUAAUUGUGUUGCAAAGGUUUAUUUUCCCAAAACCAGAAGCCUAUUUGCUUUGGGAAAAACCUAUGAAUGGUGUGUGUUAAAUACUCCCUGAUGCUCCUCUUACAGGCUAAUGUUUAUCCUUCAACAUUCAACCAAUCAAAUCAUUUUACAGACUGACAUCAGCCAAUCGUAACGAAGGGGCGGGCCUUGAGCGUGAAAUCCGCCUGACAGACUCAGCACAGAUUCGAAUUCCCCAUGUACACAACCCAAAUUUAAACCGACGCAGCCCCAGCCUUGUUUACAUACAGAUAAAACCCUGUAACCCAACAGACACUGCAGGACAAUGGCAGAGCAGCUGCAGCGCCCCCUCGUGGCUGGAGUCUGUCUGUUUAUGUGUCUUCUAGCUGGUGGUCUGUGCAUCCCAGACCCCAGGUACAGAGAGUCCCUCAUACAGGAAGAGGCCUCCAUGCAGACAGGUGGUCAGGUGGUGCUGAAUGAAAAGGAGAAGCGACUCGAUACUCGUCUGCUAAAAAUGAAGCAGGACGAGGUGGCGAGAGCAGACUUCCCUCCUGCCAUGCACUUCUUCAAAGCCAGGGAUCUCAUCAGGAACAGUCCCAUGUUCAGCCUCCUGCAGAAGAUGCCUAAAGGUGGAGCUCUUCAUGUCCAUGAUUUAGCCAUGGUGGACAUAGAGUGGCUGGUGAAAAACGUGACCUAUCGGCCCCUCUGCUACAUGUGUUUCACCAAUACCCAGUCCAUCAGAUUCAUCUUCUCAUCUCAGUGGCCCGAACCUCUGCCAAACUGUUCUCCUUGGAACCUGCUGGAAACCCUCAGAGCCAAGGUGGUCAACACGACUGAUCUAGACAACAGGAUUAGAGGAAAAUUGACGCUCUUCACCGAUCUGGACCCGGAGAAGGUCUACCCGAACCAGGACGUGGUGUGGGACAGGUUCGAGCAGGCCUUCAUGUCAAUGUGGGGUCUGGUCACAUACGCUCCUGUGUUCAGAGAAUAUUUCUACCAAGGCCUUACUGAAUUCUACAAGGACAAUGUUAUGUAUCUGGAAGUUCGUGCUUUACUCCCAGAGAUCUAUGAACUGGACGGCAGAACUCAUGACAAAGCCUGGACUCUGAAGACCUACCAGGACGUCACGAGGCAGUUCACUGCAGAACACCCAGACUUCUUCGGAACAAGAAUCAUCCUCACAGUACAUAGGGGAGCAAAUUCAUCUGUGGUGACUGAAGCUGUGGAGGAGGCCAUGAAGCUGCAGAGAGACUUCCCAGAUAUCAUGGCCGGUUUUGACCUGGUGGGCCGUGAGGACGUAGGCAGACCUCUGUGGUACUUCAGAGACGCCCUGUCGCUGCCAACAGAGAGAGGGGUUGAGCUUCCAUUCUUUUUUCAUGCUGGAGAAACAGACCUUCAGGGCACAGAUGUGGACCAGAACCUGUUGGAUGCUCUCCUGUUCAACACCUCACGCAUUGGCCAUGGCUACGCUCUGGUGCGCCAUCCAGUGGCCAAAGAGCUGUCUAGGAAAAAAGGGGUGGCUCUGGAAGUGUGUCCCAUCUCCAAUCAGGUAAUGAAGCUGGUAACUGAUCUGCGAAACCAUCCCGCAGCGGCGCUGAUGUCAGAGAACCACCCACUGGUCAUCAGUUCUGAUGACCCUGCCAUGUUCGGCGCCUCUGGCCUCUCUUACGACUUCUAUGAGGCUUUUGUGGGUUUUGGCGGACUAAGAUCCCACUUAGGCUCUCUCAAAGCUCUGGCCAUAAACUCCAUCAGAUACAGUUCUUUGAAUGCAAGUCAACAGGAGAAAGCCCUGACUCUUUGGCAGAGGAGAUGGGACAAGUUUGUAUCUGAAAAUGCAUUCUAGAGAAUACAAAUACCUCUGGGUGAUCAUCAUGCUGAUACCUGUGUACUUUCAAAAUUUUGGAAGAAGUCUGUAAUGAAAAUAGGAGGUGUAAACCUUACUGCCAGGUGAGCAGGUUCAUUAAAACAGCGUACAUGGAUACGGUAUUACACCACCACUAAGUACAGCUUCCAUAUACAGCAGAUAAAAUGGCCUAAUACUUGAAACAAGUUAAAAGAGUGUCCAAUCAUCUCUGAGCAAUGUUUUAAAAUGUGUUUGCACUUUAAGGUUUGCGUGUUUUUGGGGAGCAAGAAUAUGUUAAGACAGUGUUUUUCAACCUUGGGGUCGGGACCUCAUGUGGGAUCACCUGGAAUUCAAAUGGGGUCGCCUGAAAUUUCUAGUAAUUGAUAAAAAUAAAAAAAUAUAUGGUGAGU